UUCCCAGAUGGCAGUCUUCUCAGCUAGAAUCGGCCACCAGCCGCUCUAGAUAACUUGUUGAUAUCUUUCCGAGAGAAGAGCUCCCCGACGACGGUUGCUGCAAUUGUCAGCUCCCUUCCUUUAAGUAGAGAUGCGGCGCUUCGUCCCUUUAUUCCUCUUUUGUGCAGGAAUCCUUUUAUGGGACAAAGUGGAAGCCCAUGACGACAAUGGACAUUACACUAAUGAUUGGGUUGUGAGAAUAACCGGUGGUAGAGAUGUGGUGGAUCAACUGGCUAUUGAACUUGGUUACCGAAAUUUGGGUGAACUGCGGGGAUUUCCAAACACAUACCUCAUGAGAAAAGUUAAUCAUCCUCAACGAUCUAGAAGGAAUGCCGUACAUUUAACUAAGAGGCUAGCCGAUGAUCACAGAGUUGAAUGGGCUGAACAACAGAUUGCAAAAAAUCGUGUGAAAAGAGAUUUUUCUAGAGUUACUCCAGAAUUUUUGAGGGAGACGACUAAGGAACGUUUUAGGUUUAAUGACUACUUGUGGCCAGAUCAGUGGUACCUGCAUGAUACAAGAAGCUUAAACAACCUUCCUGAGUUAGACAUGCGAACUAUUCCAGUAUGGAACAUGGGUUAUACCGGCAAAGGAAUUGUUGUUACCAUAAUGGAUGAUGGUUUGGAAUGGAAUCAUACUGAUAUAAUUGGAAAUUAUGAUCCGAAAGCUAGUUGGGAUACCAAUGAUGAUGACGAUGAUCCCUUUCCAAGAUACGAUGCAUCCGAUUCCAACAAUCAUGGAACACGUUGCGCUGGAGAAGUAGCCAUGAAGGCUGAUAACAAAAAAUGCGGCGUUGGAGUUGCUUACAAUGCUAAGAUUGGAGGUAUUCGAAUGUUGGAUGGUAUUGUAAAUGAUGCUGUGGAAUCGGUGUCUAUAGCCUUUAAUGUGGAACAUAUCGACAUCUUUAGUGCCUCAUGGGGACCAAAUGAUGACGGCAUGACCGUAGACGGACCCAAAAGGCUCGCCGUUGAAGCAUUAGAAAAAGGAAUACAAAGAGGUCGAAACGGAAAAGGAGUUAUCUACGUCUGGGCUUCUGGUAAUGGCGGAUCAAAAGGUGAUAACUGUAACUGUGAUGGGUAUACGAAUUCCAUUUAUACAUUAUCUGUUGGCAGUGCAAGUCAAAGAGGAGAUUUUCCCUGGUACGGAGAAAAGUGUGCCUCAACCAUGACAACUGCGUAUUCAAGUGGUGCUUAUUCAGACCAAAAAAUUGCUACAACUGAUCUUCACAAUCAAUGCACGGUUCAUCAUACAGGAACAUCUGCUGCCGCCCCCUUAGCUGCAGGAGUUAUUGCUCUCGUCCUGGAAGCUAAUCCAAAUUUAAGCUGGCGAGACGUGCAACACAUUGUAGUCUGGACGUCACAGUAUCACCAGUUGAGCCAUAACAAGGGAUGGAAAAAGAAUUCAGCUGGUUUAAUGUUUAAUAGCAGAUUUGGUUUUGGAUUGAUUAAUGCUGAAGAUAUGGUGAAGACAGCCUUGAACUGGACAACGGUGCCUGAAAAAACAAUUUGUAAAGCAUCUGCAUCGGCAAAGCUACCUAAGCAAAUCUCUUCAGAAUUAAAGGAAGUUCAAGUUGAAAUUCCAUCAGAUGCUUGUCGUGGAACUUCUGAAGAAAUAAACUUCUUAGAGCAUGUUGAACUAACCCUUGAUAUUGAUUACAACCAUAGAGGAGCUUUAGAUAUUUAUCUCUUUUCACCUGCAGGAACGGUAAGCAUGGUCUUAUCUCGCCGAGAAAAAGAUACUUCGUCACUUGGAUUCAAAAAUUGGACAUUUCUCUCAGUUCAUUUCUGGGGUGAGAAUCCCCAUGGUGUAUGGAAAGUUCUUGUGAGAGAUAUGACAGAAGGGAAUUUCAAAGGGCGUAUUAAUUUCGCAAAACUUACUUUGCAUGGAACAAAAAUGAAGCCACGUCAUAUGGAAGGUGAACGAAAGCGAUAUGUGGAUGACGAUUCCAUGGAAUACGUCAUAGAUAGAAUUCCAGAAUAUGAAGAGGAAGCUCCAUCUUCUGAGAAUUAUAUCCAUGAUGAAUUAGACGACAUAAGAUCUUCUGAAAGUAAAGAGGAUUUGGAUUGGCUAGAUCUCGUCAACAAAAACCUGCGAAAGAUUGCAGCCCGAAAGUUCCCCUACAUACGCUCAACCUUUAAAAGAAAAUUCUAUGACUACCUACCUAUACAAUAUCCUUAUUCCUGGGAAUAAGAAAAACAAAUUAUUAUUUUGUGAAAGUAUUAUUUUGUUAAGAUUGAAUAUUUUGUAAUUAAACCUGUGUAUCGGACUCUCUAGUCAGUUGGAAAUUCUAGUCAAUCAGCUCCCGUUCCUUGCCCUCAAUCAUGAAUGUAUUAUUUUGUUUUUGUAAAUUAAAUUAUUUUUUAAAACUGU